AGAUGGUGGGUCAUGACAGUGAAACAGGUCAGCGAUGCCUCCCAGAGCGUGAGUUGGCGCCGCACUGCGCAGGCGCAUUUCUGCUUCCCUCCCGGACCUUGGCGGAUCGCGCCUGCGCGGUGGUGAGCUGCUCGCGGCUCCCGCUCGGCCUUGGGCUGGCUGCAGUCUCAGUUUGAGGGCGGCCGAAGUGGCUGGCUCGAUUAAGAUGAGGUUUCUGCUAGUUCUCCUGGUGGCGGCGUCGGCGGUGAUCCGGAGCGAUGCCUCGGCCAACCUGGGCGGCGUGCCUAGCAAAAGAUUAAAGAUGCAGUACGCCACGGGGCCGCUGCUCAAGUUCCAGAUUUGUGUUUCCUGAGGUUAUAGGCGGGUGUUUGAGGAGUACAUGCGGGUUAUAAGCCAGCGGUACCCAGACAUCCGCAUUGAAGGAGAAAAUUACCUCCCUCAACCCAUAUAUAGACACAUAGCAUCUUUCCUGUCAGUCUUCAAACUAGUAUUAAUAGGCUUAAUAAUUGUUGGCAAGGAUCCUUUUGCUUUCUUUGGCAUGCAAGCUCCUAGCAUCUGGCAGUGGGGCCAAGAAAAUAAGGUCUAUGCAUGUAUGAUGGUUUUCUUCUUGAGCAACAUGAUUGAGAACCAGUGUAUGUCAACAGGUGCAUUUGAGAUAACUUUGAAUGAUGUGCCUGUGUGGUCCAAGCUGGAAUCUGGUCACCUCCCAUCCAUGCAACAGCUUGUUCAAAUUCUUGACAAUGAAAUGAAGCUCAAUGUGCAUAUGGAUUCAAUCCCACAUCACCGAUCAUAGCCCCACCUAUCAGCACUGAAAACUCUUUUACAUUAAGGGAUUUUUUGCAAGAGCAGCGUGACUGACAUUAUGAAGGCCUGUACUGAAGACAGCAAGCUGUUAGUACAGACCAGAUGCUUUCUUGGCAGGCUCGUUGUACCUCUUGGAAAACCUCAAUGCAAGACAGUUUUUCAGUGCUGGCACAUUUUGGAAUUCUGCACAUUCGUGGAGUGCAAUAAUACUGUAUAGCUUUUUUUUCUUCCCCAAAUUCACUCAGUUAAUAGUUUUUAAAAAAUGUAGACAUUACUACUUGUACCUUUUUUUCCUUAGUCAUACUUGGAAAAGUAGAAAAUUGAGUUACAAUUUGACUUUCUUUCAAAGAUGUCUGUUAAAUCUGUUGUGAUUUUAUAUGAAUUUUCCUUUUUUAUAGUUUAAAAUUGAUCUUUUUGGGAAUACAGCUGAAGUUCCCAAAAACUUUAUAAGAGUUUAUCAGGCAUCUUUAAUUUGGUCAUGUCCAAUUUAUAUAGUUUUCAAAACACUGCAGAUUGUGAACAGUGCAUUAUAUGAGAUAAUGGGGGGAAAUCCUAUAUCUAGAGUACUCUACCAAUUUGUGUGUGUAUGUGCGUGUGUGCGUGUGUGAUUACCAGAGAAUUACUAAAAGACCAACUGCUUUUUAAAUACUGUUAUGUAGUUCAAGUGUCUUGCCUUGACCAAUCUAAUGAGUUGAUUAACUGGGCCUUUAUACCUAACUCAAUAAAAAACUAAGCGGAUGUAAGUUAAAUAAAAAGUUUGAAUUUA